AUGUGCUCUAUUCUAGACCGCCUCAUCGCUUGCCAAGCGAGACAGUGGCUAAACGUCGGCCCAUCACAUAUAAAAGAAGUCCAGCAAUGGAGUACUCAAGGACUGUUGAAAACGAGUAUGGCGGUAGGAGCAAACGAUAAAGAUUCACAAGGUAAAACAAUUGACGAACAAGAUCUGCUCAGUGACACAUCAAGCAAUUCCGAAGAUAGUAACGCGCAAAAUGAAGUAGUUAAUAAGAAUGAUGAAAAUGAUACUCAAAGUGAUAAUAAUAAAGCAAAUAAAGUUGAAUCUGAAACUAAUGCAGGCAAGCCAGCUGAUGGAAAUGAAUUCGUAGCAAAUAAAGAAACCAACGAUGGAACCAAACUAGGCAAUGAAAAUUUAGGUAAAGAAACUUAUGAUAAUAAAAAUGAAGAUGAGAAAAAAGAAGAAAAGAGAUUUUCUAGGAGAAGUUCUCACUAUCUGCAGAACAUUCAGAUGACUAAUUCCUCAUUAGGAUUAACUCUUGGCUCUGAAAAGAAGGAAGCGACUUUACUAGCGGAGACACAAACUGUAGCCCGCUUCUCGCCGUUAUGGAAACAGACUUUGGCAUCAUCGGCUCCAAUCCUCAUGACCUUCGUCAGUGGCUUGACAUCAGGAUACUCCGCAAUUCUUUUGCCUCAACUGAAAAACAAUCCUGGACCCAUACCUUCGGAUGAAGAUACCACAUCAUGGAUAGCGGCUAUGGCAGCAUUACCGAUGGCUCCAGGGUGUCUCGUCUCCGGCUGGAUGAUGGAGAAGUUUGGAAGGAAGACCUCGCACUUUAUCACCUGCGUCCCUCUUCUACUCGGCUGGAUCCUCAUUGCCACCUCCUCCAACCUCGGACUCAUGCUCAUCGGCAGAUUCUUCUCUGGUCUAUGCGCUGGUCUAUCUGGCCCCCUCAUCCCUGUCUACAUCGGCGAAACUACGGAACCAAAAUACAGAGGAUUUUUCCUUGCAGGAGUAUCAUUAGCUAUAGCACUAGGAAUAUUAGUUGCUCACAUCAUAGGAACAUUCCUCAGUUGGCAAACGACUGCUUCUAUCUGUGCCAUAUUCCCAGUUAUCACCGCUGGGCUUCUAUUCUUGGUGCCAGAAAGUCCAACCUGGUUAAUUUCACAAGGUAGAAUAGAAGAUGGAGCUAAAGCUUUCUACUGGUUGAGAGGAUACGGUGAGGAAGCAAAGAAGGAAUUAAGAGGACUCAUUGACAGUAAAAAAGCUUUAGAUAAUGCACCGAUAAUGUCAUGGAGGGAAAAACUAGUGAGCCUCAAGAGCCCUGAACUGAUCAAACCUUUGGUUAUUAUGAUUUUGUUCUUCUGCACGUGUCAGUUCUCUGGAGUGAACGCGGUCGCAUUUUAUUCCAUCGAGAUUGUUGAGAAGGCCGUCGGGAAGGGUAUCGAUCAUUACCUUGCCAUGUUAAUUAUAGACUCAUUGAGAGUCGUCAUGAGUGUGGUCGCUUGUGUAAUAUGUAAACAAUAUGGAAGGCGACCUCUAUGUUUCAUAAGCGGGAUUUGGACUUCGAUCUCGAUGGUCGGCCUAUCAAUGUUCCUUUAUUGGAAGCCUGCAAAUAUGUCAUGGAUGCCAUUAAUGUUUCUAAUGUUCUACAUUUGUGCUAUAUCUAUAGGAUUGGUUCCGUUGCCUUGGAUUAUGUGUGGAGAAGUGUUUCCGACGAAAGUUCGAGGUUUGGGAUCUGGCAUAAGUUCAUCGACGACUUUUGUAGCAUUUUUCAUUGUUGUCAAAACUGCGCCAGGAUUGAUGAGCACUUUUGGUGAAGUGGUAACUUUCCUCGGUUAUGGAGUUAUAGCUCUUAUUGGCACGGCAGUGAUGUACUUCAUACUGCCGGAAACUAAAGGGAAGAGUUUGCAAGAGAUUGAGGAGAGAUUCAAAAACGGGAAGAGAGCUGUAGGACCAAAAGUGUAGAUAACAUAUUGGAAUUUAUAUUGCCUUAAUAAUUUAUAAGACCACGCCAUUAAGUUAGGACGACGAACAACGUACAAAAUAUAAUGUGCUGCUCGCUCUAAGCGAUUUAAUAAAGACUGUGAUAUUUAGGUAGUCAUUUUAAUUAGAAAAUAUUAUAUCUUUGCUAUUGUAUCUAAAUAAUUAAUUACUCUAAGAAAGUAUAACUUAAUCAAAUAUUAUGAUCAUUAAUCUUGAUAUUUACAAAAGACAUAAAGUGAUUUCUUGAUAAUUAAAAACUGUAAUCCAUAUUUUAUAAUGUUCAUACUUUAUUUACUUGAUUCUGAGAAUGAUUGAGAUAUUUUGAGAGAUUUUAUAACAUUCCAUGUUGAAGACAAAAUGUUGAAAAAUAUUUUCUUAUCUAGGUAAUCUGUAUUCAAAGUUUGAUGGUGCUUUUCCAAAUAUAUUUUUAUAUUAUUAUUGUAAUCUACAUUAUUAUUGAAUAUUUAAAUGUUAGAAUUAGUAUUUAACUCUUUAUAAAGCUAUAGAUGCUAGAUGGCGCCAGUGUUCGGCUACUUAUGUAAAAGCCAUUAUUUAUUUAAGAUAAAAACUUAAUAAUUGUCGUGUAAUCGGUAAUUCAAUAAAAACAUUUAUGGGUGAACCACCAAAGAGUUUGGGAAUAUUUGAAAUAAACAGCAAACUGUAGAAAAUAACAUUAUUAUUACGAAAUGGUAACAAAACAGAUUAAAAAAAUAGUGUCUAUGUAAUGGCACAUUAUUUAGUUAAGUUAAAUAUAAUAUUAAAUGCAUUUCGGUACUUUUCCAUACGAUGAAGUACAUGGAUUGUAUUAAAUCAUACAUUGUAUAUUGAAACUUGUUUAUGUACAUUAUUAGUUGAUAUUAAUACAAUCAUCCUAAAUAUGAAA